AUGACAAGUAAAUCAAUAAGAAAAAGACGUGAUAGAAGAUUCGUGGCAGGAAAUAUACAUGUGUGUACAUAUAUAUUUCUAGAAACCACAUCAAUGAUAAAGCCAGAAGGCGAUGAUGCGAUUUUUGGCGAUGAGCCAAAAAAACUUUCAUCGAUGCCACUUUCAUUGCAACGGCGUCAAACAAUCUUUCCAAAUGCCAUCGGCCUUGCCCUUGACAUCGACCGCGGCGUUCCGACACUACGCAGCCACAAUUGCAUCAGAAUAUUCGAUGCAUGGAAUACAUCCAGGAAGAAUACCGUUAAUAGUGGAAGCACAGAGAAGGAGAGGAAGUGUAAUUCUAAGUUUAUCAUGUUUUAGAUUUCCUUCGUGAUGGUUUACCACCAUGAUUUUUCUUUCCACGUCCUUUAGUUUUUUCCUUCGCUUUCGCCGCAC